AUGGACGGAUCGGCGGAGCUGGAGGAGGCCGAGCGGGUGGUCAUGCGCUGGGACUCCACCCCCGCGGCGGCGGACGAGCCGAUGCUGUUCGACGGCGCCUCCGGCGACCGCGCGGAGGCCGAGCGCUUCCUCCGCGCCGUGGACGACCUGCGGCGGCUCGCGCCGCCGUCGCCCGCGGCCGUCGGGAGCCCCCGGCGGCUGUCGUCCGGGUCGUCGGCGGGGGGCGCGUCCAGCGCCCUGCAGGUCGCGAUGGCGCGGCUCGAGGAUGAGUUCCGCCACGUGCUGUCGUCCCGCGCGCUCGACCUCGAGAUCGAGGCGCUCGCCGACCUCGGCGGCUCGCUCUCCAUCUCCACUGACCGGUCGAACUCGGCCUCGUCCGUCGACCUCCAGGCCGUGGACGAGGACGAUUCCGUGUCCUCGUCCGUUGGCCGGCGGAGCAGCUACCGCUCGCUCCCGAGCAUCCGCGAGAUUGACCUCCUCCCCGACGACGCCGUCGCCGACCUCCGCGCCAUCGCGUCCCGCAUGGCUGCGGCCGGAUACGGCCGCGAGUGCGCUCAGGUGUACGCCUCCGUCCGCAAGCCGGCAGUCGAUGCCUCCCUCCGCCGCCUCGGCGUUGAGCGGCUCAGCAUCGGCGACGUCCAGCGCCUCGAGUGGAAAGCCCUUGAGGCCAAGAUCCGCCGCUGGAUCCGCGCGGCCCGCGCGGCCGUUCGCGGCGUCUUCGCCAGCGAGCGCCGCCUCUGCUUCCUCAUCUUCCACGACCUCCCCAUCUCGAACAUCACCGUCACUGCCGCCGCCACCGCCGCCGCCCCCGCAACGCACGACACCCCUUUCGCCGAGGCCGUCAAGGGCGCCGCGCUGCAGCUGUUCGGCUUCGCCGAGGCCAUCAGCAUCGGCCGCCGCUCGCCCGAGAAGCUCUUCAAGAUCGUCGACCUCCACGACGCGCUGUCCGACCUCCUCCCGGACGUCUCCGACAUCUUCGCCGCGUCCAAGGUCGCCGAGUCGAUAUACGUGCAGGCCGCCGAGAUCCGGUCGCGGCUCGCGGACGCCGUGCGCGGGAUACUCUCGGAGUUCGAGAACGCCGUGCUCCGUGACCCGACCAAGGCGGCGGUGCCCGGCGGCACCGUCCACCCACUCACUCGGUACGUGAUGAACUACAGCAGCCUCAUUUCCGAUUACAAGGUGACGCUCUCGGAGCUGAUCGUGUCCCGGCCAUCGGCCAGCGCGCGUCUCACCGCCGAGGGCAAUGAGCUCGCGCCGUCAUUGGCCGAGCUCGAGCUCCCCGAGCCUGAGAACCAGUCGCCACUUGCCGCUCAUAUUAUCUGGAUCAUCGCUGUCCUUGAACACAACCUCGAGAGCAAGGCUUCACUCUACAAGGACACGGCUCUCUCACAUUUGUUCUUGAUGAACAAUGUGUAUUAUAUUGUGCACAAGGUGAAGGAUUCACCGGAUCUAUGGAACUUGAUUGGUGAUGAUUACCUGAAGCGGCUUACGGGCAAAUUCACAAUGUCAGCCACGAAUUACCAGCGCAGCGCAUGGUUGAAGAUCUUAAACUGUUUGCGAGAUGAGGGGCUCCAUGUAAGUGGUGGAUUUUCAUCAGGGAUAUCCAAGUCAGCGCUGCGGGAGCGGUUUAGGUCCUUCAAUGCUGCGUUCGAGGAGGCACAUAGAGUGCAGUCAGGAUGGUGUGUGCCGGACACACAGCUGAGGGAGGAGCUUAGGAUCUCAAUAUCAGAGAAACUGGUGCCAGCAUACCGGUCAUUCCUUGGCAGGUUUCGACACCAUAUUGAGAAUGGGAAGCAUCCAGAGUUGUACAUCAAGUACGCAGCAGAGGACCUUGAGAUUGCGGUGAAUGAUUUCUUCGAGGGGGUUCCUCCUUCCCCUCAUAUCAGAAGGAGAUCACAUGGCUGAAAUUGUUGUACAUCAAGCACUCAACUGGAGUGCCAUUGCUAUGCAUUCUUUGAUUCUUCAGAGGAAACCAAUGCCAGCAUUUGCUGCCCUGGUUUUACUCUUUUGGUACUUAAUUAAGGGUAUAGGUGCCUAUGAUUUUCAAUCGAAUAUAACAUCUGAAAUCAUUUUGGGUUCUCGUUGAAGCUGUCAAUCCCCUCCGUUCUUCCUCUGGGAUGAACAGAAAAGGUAUGCUUAGUGUAGAGGGAAAAAUAAGAUGCUAAAACUGAAAGAGAAGGAAAACGGUUGAGAAAAAAAACAAGAAUAUAUUGCCAUGUGUAACGGGUUACCACUUUUUUUCACUGCUCUAGGGGCGAAAUGUCCACCUGAAUAUACUUCAAA